AGUAACUCGCAGUUAGCCUUACUCGGACGACGGAACGCAUCCUCUGGAGUCCCGUCGGCACGGCCCAGCCGUAUACACUGACAUGAUUUUACCAGACAUAUAGAUGUUUUGGAAGACCCCCAACUGACAACAGCAGUGAAUUGUGGCAGCAUUUACGGCAUUCGGUUGAAACCGCAUGAGAAGAAACACCAAAUAUAUAUAUUGAUUACAGUUACCAUGAGCAAGCUGAGUUAUUUGCACACUAUUCCAUCUGUGCCUAACAGCUACAGCACCUUCAAUGAUGUCAUCAAGAGAAAUGCAGAAACCCUUUCGAAUACAGAGGCAUUCAUCUACCGCAGUGGCGAUGGACACCGCCAGUGUAUCACUUUCAGUGAUCUGUAUGAGAAAGGGAGUUGUGUGGCCCAGUACCUCGUCACUUCCGGUGUACAGCGACAGGACAAGGUUGGGUUAUUUGGUCCGAAUACGAUUCCUAGAAUUGUAGCGGAAUUUGGCAUCCUCCUGGCGGGAGCGGUUGUCCUUCACCUCAACAUCGAUGUCAAAAAUUCGAAAGAUUGCGCCGACGUUUUAGAGAAAGCUAAAUGUCGUAUAAUAUUUGCUGAUCCCGGCGUUCACGAUGAUUUUCUACCGACGAUAAGAAGUCUCGAGAACAGAGCAGACGCAACUGACAACAGACGUCAAUUAAUCUUUUUGAGGAAACCAUGCUCAACAAGCAUCAACCACACUCUCAUAAACGAUAUUCAAAUAGCAUAUGAUUCGUCCAUUGUAUUACCGGAAGUUUGUCCCGAAGAUGAUGCCGUCAUAUUUACGACUUCCGGUAGUACUGGUAAACCGAAAAUGGUCGUCCAUGGCCAUUUUGCUUUUACUGUUAGCACUGAAUCAAUCAGUGAUACAAAAUUUAAAGAAACAAAAUAUUUUAACAACCGUCCACUUGGCUGGUUGGGUGGAUCACAAGCUUAUGCAACGGUUAGGGGAAUCACUCAAGUUUUUACUGACUCAAAUCUUGGUAUAACUAGAAAUGGGAUCAAAACAAUUUGGAAAAUCAUGACAGAAGAAAACGUCAAAGUAGCUAUGUUCAUGCCAUAUUGUCUAUUCGAUCUUAUCGCCGAACAAGACAACAUAAAAGAUGACGGAUUUCGGUUAGAGUCCAUAGUAACUGGUGGUCAGAUCGUAGAUGGUCUCUGCACACAGGUUAUAGGCAGAUUCUGUAAAACGUUGGCAGUGACUUACGGAUCAACAGAGACCAUGAUUAUAUCGACUGUUUUAUCUAACAGCGCUGAUUUUAAAAUUGGGGACGUUGGGAAACUCAGCCCCGGUGUAGAAGCCAGGAUAGUCGAUGAAAAUGGGCGAGUAGUGCCGAUCGGCGAGGAAGGAGAGAUUCAGAUCAGGAGUAGGUUUUCGAUGAAACGUUAUCAUACAGACGAGACAAUGACGAAUAAAGCAUAUACAAAGGACAGGCCUAGUUGGUUCAGGAUAGAGGACAUUGGCUUGAUUACACCAGCAGGACAUUUGAUCGUGCGCGGGAGAGUUAAGGAGAAUAUUUCCCGAGGAGGACGAAAGGUGCUGCCAGGAGUGGUGGAUGACGUGGUGAAACAGAUGGAAGGUAUCAGCCUGGUGGCGACGGUGGCAGUACCGGAUGAACGGCUGUAUGAAGAAGUCUGCGUCUGUUACGUAGCAAAAGAUGGAGUGGAUCUGUCUCCGUCAGACGUACAGCAAUACUGUACAGAUAACUUCUCUAAAGUCGAGUCGGCGGAUGGAAUGGGUUCAAUGCCGACGUAUUUUGUCAGGUUUGACAACUUUCCUGUAUUCUAUAUGGGGAAGAUCGAUAAACCAACACUAAAGCGACAGGCUGCGGACAGUUUAAAUCUGUCUGCUUGCUGAUUUGAAAUUGACGAACAUGUUCGCAAUCAGAUUGAUUCUUUUAUAGAUUAUAUCUAAAAACGACAUUGGAGUAGAUAGAAAAGGUGACAUUUAGACAGAGUUAAGUUGAAAACUAAAAACGUUCUGCAUGUGUGUCUUCUUGGUGAAUUCAUUGAAUUCCCCCAUACUCAUUAUCACUGAAUUUUAGAUCAUCUUAUUUAUGAAUGGCAUCUUAUUUGGUAUGAUUUAGUAGGUCAUGUAUUAUGUUGAUACUUGUAUGUAUAAUAAGCGUCAAUUAACUUGUUAUGAAUAGAGUAGCACAACAUCCUAAAUAACUAAAACUAAUUUCAUUGUAUAAACGGAAUCAAUAAAAAUGUUAUAUUAUCGAACUUUAUUGCAAACAUAAUCUUAUUGAUGAUAUCAUAUUCAAACAAACCAGGGACAAAGAAAAAACUGUUUGAUUUGCCCAUUUCGCUAUGGUAUAUCAUCACUCGUUUGUUACAUUUAUCAAUACAAGCUCAGUCGCCGUGUAAACAUA